ACAUUUUUAAAAGACAACUCUUUAUAAUACGAUGCUUUAACAGGCUGAUCACCAUAAAUGUGUAUAUGCAGCUAGGUUGUCUGCGAGAGGACAUGCGUGACUCAGCAGUGGGAAGCGAAACUAAUUGUUCUGUUGAUUCCAAACAUCUGAAAAAGUCGCUUUAAUCGAUACAUUACUUCUAAAUAACCGAUAUAUUUUUAUUACAUGUCUAAGAACAUAAAUAUAUCGCCGUUUAUUCCUUAAAGAUACCCGAAGCCUUCAUUAACACAAGGCCUUACGCGCAUGCUCAAACCAGUUCUCCAAACACCAAGGAAGUGCAGACAAACGUUCACUUGUGCGCAUGUGCAGAUUCGAUUUCGGGGAUGGGUCUAUCGAUGGAAUCAAGAUGGCGGCCCUGGCAAAAGCGCCAAUGUAUUUACUGAAGUAGAUGUACGAUAUUAGCGGAGUUCGUGGGUUUUCUUAACCCCCCGUGGGGUUCGUUAAAGCAUGACGACGCGAGGGAGGUCUCUGACGAGAAAUUGACCUGGAAUAUACCGCAACAAAGUCAGCGAGAUGUGCGAGAGCUAUGCCCGCUCGCUGCUGCGUGUUUCGGUGGCGCAGAUCUGCCAAGCUCUGGGCUGGGAUGCAGUCCAGGUCACUGCGUGCGAUCUACUGUCUGAUGUGCUGCACAGAUACAUCCAGCAGCUGGCGAGGGUCUGCCACCGAUACUCUGAACUGUAUGGAAGAACAGAUCCGGUGCUGGAUGACCUCAGCCAGGCCUUCCGACUCAUGGGGGUGAACCUGAGCGAGCUGGAGGACUACGUCCACAAUCUGGAGCCCGUGGCCUUUGCCCAUCAGACGCCGCUCUUUCCUGUAUGCAAAAACAAUAUGCUGCAGUUUCCUCCGUCUGCAGCCAGAGACGCAGAUGAAAGGAAGGACUACAUUCCAGAUUACUUGCCACCCCUGGUUUCCCUUCAAGAAGAAGAGGAGGAGGAGGAAGUCCUUCCGGACAUGGGCACCUCGGCUGAAGCAAUGCAGGUGGCACUGGAGGAGGACGAAGAGGAAAUAGAUGAAGAAGAGACGGUCAACGAUGAGAAUUACCCUCUGAAGCGGCAUUUGGACAGUCCCGAUGCAGCUUUGGGCAUCAUGCCCACCUCCAAGAAACCGCGCAUGUACCCCGGUCUCAGCCCAGAAUGGGGGGUCGAGCCCCGGGAGCCUCUCAUGUCGCUCAACCCGCAACGCGUCCCUCCAGGCGUUCUGCCUUCGCAUGACAGCCUCGACCCCCUGUCACCUGAAAUGCCAUCUGGUACCCUGCAGCCCUUCAGACCUCAGCCGAUAAUACCAAAACAAUAUGAUCAAAAGAGCCUCGCCACACCGGGGAAGAAGCCCAAGAUUUCGUCCCCGGGCAGGCAACGGACUAAGUCCCCCAAAGGGAUCAUUCCAGUUCCGUUAGCUGGUAGUCCCAUCCACUCUCCCAAACCGUCAAAGGAAAAGAAGAAGUCUCCUGCUCGGACAAAAAGUCCUAAGAGUCCUAAAAGCCCAAAGAUGAGUUCCAUCAAAGCAUCUCUGCUUCAGAGCAAAGCAGAGCUCCUGCAUAAGCCACCGCUCCCCGCGCUGAACGAAAAAAUAGGCAAAGAAAACAUUCAAAUGCGUCACGUCAUUGAGGACAGAGAGCCACCAGAGGGGCUCUUUAAGAACCUCGAGCCCGACAACACGGCCAUUGAUGACUCUAUAGCUGCUGUCAUAGCCAGAGCGUGUGCUGAGCGGGAGCCCGACCCCUUCGCCUUCUCCUCGGGUUCCGAUUCCGACAGCAACGGAUUCUCAAGCCCCAAGAGGCUGACCAUCAUGGAGCCCGCCACCCCUAAAGCCCCCGCCGGAAUGGCCAACCUGCUAAAGGAUACGUCAACGCCGCUCCACCUACAGAUGCAUCCGGGCCUCGGAAACUGGACCUUGGACGAUUCGAUCAACGAGGUGGUCCGGAAGGCCAAUCAAGGCGGUCCGUCUGCAGCGCCUCAGAGUCAGGCAGAGUACGUGUCCUCUGGAUCGGCCUCGCCGCCCACCCCUGAGCCUCUUCUCAAAGUGUUUGAGGAGAAGAACAAGAUCGUACCACCACCGGAUCUGAAGAAGAAGCUGAAGAAGGAGCUUAAAACCAAGAUGAAGAAGAAGGAGAAGGAGAAGCCAAAAGACAAGGACCGGGAGAAGGACAAGGGAAAGCUGAAGGAGAGGAGUAAGGAGAAAAACAAGGACAAAAACAAGGAAUUUUCCAAGGACAUGAAGAUACCCUGGAAGGAGUUCGGAAUGAGCAACGAAGACCACUUUGGACAGCUGGACUUCAGUCUGUCGGACAUCCCCAUCAAAAUCAAAUCAAAAGAUGGAGAAGUCCCCAAGAAAGAGAAGGACAAGCAUAAAGACAAAAAGAAGGACAAAGAGAAAAGCAAAAAGGACAAGGAUAAGAGGGAUAAGGGCAAAGACAGGAACAAGGAGGACAAGCAGAAGCAGCCCACCCUUCCGCCUUUUGUCCUCAGCGAAGUGCCUCCUCUGUUCAGCCCCUCUACCUGCCUGCGAAUGCCUCCCAUGUUGCCUCCACUGCCCCCAAUCCUUCAGGAGAAAGAGGUGAAGAGCAAGGAGAAGGAGAAGAAGAAGGAAAAGAAGGAGAAAAAGAAAAAGAAAGACAAGGAGAAGGACAAGGAGCGGGAGAAAGCCAAAGAAAGGGAGAGGGAGAAGGAGGAGAAGAGGAAAGAGAAGGAGAGGGAAAAGGACAAGAGGGAUAAGGAGAAAGAAAAGGAGAAGAUUCGAUUAGAGAAGGUGAAAGCGGACGCUCCGGUGGUCUUACCCUCUCCAGUCAUCCCCAGACUGACCCUCAGAGUGGGAGCAGGUCAAGACAAAAUAGUCAUCAGUAAAGUGGUUCCCAGCUCGGAGACCCGGACACCGACCCCAAAGGCUCCCGCCGCCAAAUCCAUACCCGUGAAUCGUCCUCGAACACCCCCUCCAGUCCCCAUCCUGCCCCCCGUUGUUCCAAUUCUGCCUCCAGUGGCCCCCCCACCUCCAAUCAUCGCUCCUCCAGCUUCGUCUCUGCUUUCUGUGCCGUCUAUGCUUCCUCUCUCUGCUUCUGUCAAGACUCCAGUGCGCAGCGUGGUCACGGAGACCGUCAGUACUUACGUGAUUCGGGAUGAAUGGGGAAACCAGAUCUGGAUUUGUCCGGGAUGCAACAAACCUGACGAUGGGAGUCCCAUGAUAGGGUGUGACGACUGUGACGACUGGUAUCAUUGGCCUUGUGUUGGGAUCGUGGCGGAGCCUCCCGAGGACCAGCCGUGGUUCUGUGUGAAAUGUUCCAGCAAGAAGAAAGACAAGAAACAUAAGAAAAAGAAACACAAACCACACUGAGACUAUGCAAAACAAAAAAAAAACAAAUAGCACAUAUUUUGAACUUUUUAGAUUAAAGCCAUCACUGAACGCUUGUGGCACUGCUGUAAAAAAUAAAAACAAGGUUGUGGCUGACUUUAUCUUCUAAUGAUUUUUUUUUUUUUUUUUUUUAUGAUCAGCCAUGAUGGAUUGUGAACUGUUAAAUAAGACGGGCUUCAACCAGCACAUGAUCAGCCUUAGAUCUUCUGUGGUUCCCCCUUUUUUUUCCUCCACUCUUUUACCACAUUUUACAGCUUGGAGCUUUGGAUGUGCGCUGAAAUCCCAACACAAAAUAAAAGCUCUGUCACAAAGCAGACGAGGGAGCAGCUACAACCUGGAACUUUUUUCUUCACGCGUCCACAGAAGGCUCGUCGCCAAACCGUUCUCUGGUUCUUUGCAGUAUCAUUCAAACGUCAUGUAAAUACCAUGAUUUUCAGGCAUGUAUAAAUCUGUAAAUACCAACUUCUAAGCCAAGUGCAUUUCGUUCCUACAACUCAAACUUAUUAAAAACAUUUUCGGAUAUCGGUUUUUAAAAAAAUGUUUCUGUAAUUUCUGUACAAUUCUUAAAUUUAAAGUUUGUAUUUUUACUUUUUGCUUUACAUGAGUUAGUCCUGGAGUUAUACUGUAGCUGUGCUUGUUUGUGUAUAUGAUUUUGCCGAUAUUUCAAUAUUAAAGAUGAACGGUCUGUGUUUUCACGGACUCUUAAAAAAAUGAA